GAAAACACGUCAACGAGCCAGUGAACGUUGAGCGGAUCGGACCAAACGUCCCAAACAAGGAAAUGGUGGGGGGAAAAAUAACAACCGUCCGAUUAUUUAAUUAAUGCGUUUCAUAAUUAAUAUCACGCUGAAGUGUCAAUUAAGGGAAUAUUUAUGGGUUAAACAAACAUGGAUUACGACUUCAAAACGAAGCUGGCGGCCGAAAGGGAGAGAGUGGAGGAUCUGUUCGAAUAUGAAGGGUGCAAAGUGGGUCGUGGGACCUACGGGCAUGUUUAUAAAGCCAAGCGCAAGGAUGGGAAGGACGAGAAGGAGUACGCUCUCAAACAGAUCGAAGGCACCGGCAUCUCCAUGUCUGCUUGCAGAGAGAUCGCGUUGCUGAGGGAGCUGAAGCACCCAAAUGUCAUCACACUACAGAAAGUGUUUUUGUCACACAGCGAUAGGAAAGUGUGGCUGCUUUUUGACUAUGCAGAGCAUGAUUUGUGGCACAUCAUAAAGUUCCACCGGGCCUCAAAGGCCAAUAAGAAGCCGAUGCAGCUGCCGAGAGGAAUGGUGAAGUCUCUGCUCUACCAGAUCCUGGACGGCAUCCACUACCUCCACGCCAACUGGGUCCUACACCGAGACCUGAAACCUGCCAAUAUCCUGGUGAUGGGGGAGGGUCCUGAACGGGGGAGGGUCAAAAUCGCGGACAUGGGCUUUGCCCGUCUCUUCAAUUCUCCUCUGAAGCCGUUGGCUGAUCUGGAUCCGGUUGUGGUCACCUUCUGGUACCGAGCACCUGAACUGCUUCUGGGAGCUCGACACUACACCAAAGCAAUCGAUAUCUGGGCGAUCGGCUGCAUCUUCGCGGAGCUGCUCACAUCCGAGCCGAUAUUUCACUGCCGUCAGGAGGACAUCAAGACCAGCAACCCGUUCCACCACGACCAGCUGGACCGCAUCUUCAGCGUCAUGGGCUUCCCUGCAGAUAAAGACUGGGAGGACAUCCGGAAGAUGCCAGAGUACCCGACCCUGCAGAAAGACUUCAGAAGAACAACCUACGCCAACAGCAGCCUCAUCAAAUACAUGGAGAAGCAUAAAGUAAAACCGGACAGCAAAGUCUUUUUGUUGCUCCAAAAACUUCUCACCAUGGACCCCACCAAACGGAUCACAUCCGAACAGGCACUGCAGGACCCCUAUUUCCUGGAAGACCCUUUACCUACAUCAGAUGUAUUCGCAGGAUGCCAAAUCCCGUACCCCAAACGCGAGUUCCUCAACGAGGACGAACCCGAGGAGAAGACGGAGAAGAACCAGACACAACAGCACCAGCAGACACAGGCGCAGACACAAACACAGGCGCAGCAGGCUCCGUCUCAGCAGAGCUCGGCUCAGACCAACGGUACGUCUGGGGGGGCCACGGGGCCUUCCAUGCAGCACACAGGACAGGAGCAGGGGCCCCCUAACAAGAAGAGCCGCACUACUGGGGCCAACGUGCUCCAGACUGACUACCAGCACUCCAGCUCGCGCCUUGGUUACCAAAGCAACGUCCAAGGCACCACCCAGUCUCAAAGCACUAUGGGAUAUUCAUCCACGUCUCAGCAAAGCUCUCAGUACUCUCACCAGUCUCACCGCUACUGAGGUGCGGAAACCUUUGUCGGCUCAACACGCUAACACGUAACCGCAAACGCAGGUCCCAUCGCCAUUCCUUAUUAACUUGUUCUAAUCCUCACCUUCUUUACAGUUCUGCGCUUUUAGAUUGAGAUUUGUAUGCUAUUCUUACUAUUGUUGCCAGUACCAGCAGAUAAGAUGUCAUUUCUGGAGCAGCACCUUCAAUUCUCAACUACACAUCCCAGGAGCCUUGGAGCUAAGAUGAACCCUGUGAUGAGAAACAACACCAGCGUCCUAACCCUUGGUUAAAACCAGUACUCCAAAAUGUAGUUCACAUAUUUACGUUCAUUUAUCUGGCCUUUAUCCAAAGCGAUUUACCACUGACGCAGGAUGCAAUCCAAGCAUUUAGCUGAGUAGGUGAGGGUGAAGGACCUUUCUCAAGGGCCUGACUGUGGCACUCUGGCAGUCCUGGGAUCUACACUGACAAUCGCAUGAAUGUUACUUCGGAACAGCCACAAUACCAGUUCAAUAAACCCUACAAUGUCGGGGACCCAGAUCCAUAUCUCAGAGUUUAUACAAAAUUUUAGUGUCCAUGCUGAAAAGUUAUUUAUAUCUACCAGUCCUAACAAAACCCAUAGUGUUGUUAUGGGUCCAGUGUUGUGAAUCCAUAUGGACCCAACUGUCAAUCAAUGAAGUUUUUAUGCAAAUCAAGUCCCUAAAAUCCAUUAAACCUUACUGUGUCCAUUUAGCGCCAGUCAUCUGAACCAUGAUAAUUCCUUUAGAAACCUUCAAGUCUCUUUGGUCCCCACCCUGGUUUAAGCUCCCAGGCCUCUCUAUCCAUCCAUAACCAAUCCUCAGAAUUCUUCCAUCAAGGAAAUUUUCAUCAAGUCCCCAAGCCCGUGGGGUUCUAUCAGGAAUCAGUCCCCAAGCCCCUGGGGUUCUACCAAGUAUCAGUCCCCAAGCUCUUUGGGGUCUUUGGGUUUUGAUCAUGAAUCAGUGCCCAACCCUCUUCCAGUCUUCAGAAUCCUUAAUGCCAUAUGAGUCUACCCCUGGCUUCCAUCCAGAUCCAGUCCCAGAUCCCUUAGUUUUCUUCAAGAACCCGUCAACAAAACCUUCAGUGUCCUUAAAAUAUCAUUGGAAACUCUCAAAAUACUUGGAUCCAGUGUUGCCGAAUGUCCAAGCGCCUGCAGUAUUCACUAAACACCAAUUCGAAACCCCACGGUCGAAUUUGGAAUUUUUUAACCUUUAUUUUUUUAUUUAGAACCUUUAGUUUCAGUCUACCAGCAGUCCUCAAGCCCUUCAGUAUCUCUACUGUACCAGUCCUAAGAACUGUUACUGUUUCUGAUUCUCAGAACCUUCUGUAUCCAUAUCUAGGUAUUCUGCAAAACCUUCAUAGUAGAGAAUAAGUCAACUGAACCUGCAGUUUCCAAUCCACCGACCUACAAAUCCUGCCUCGGUUCCAAUCCUUAACCUUUAGUUGUCUGCCUGUAACCAGCCCUCUGGGACAGUGUGAAGGCCUAAAAAGUUUCCAUACAGAAUCCUCCAGAAUCUAGACUCAAAAGUAGUCUCAUUCUGCUCUGGUCCCAUGCCCAGUUACACAACUGCAAUAUGGAGACUAAUAUAAACCAAAUAUCCUUUCCUUACUCUUAUCUGUCUGUCUAUCUGUCAUUUUGCAACACUUCCUAGGUAUUGUUUCUUUCCUGUCCACCCUGUGCAUAUAUAACACCACAUGCACAUAAGACACCGAUGAACAAAGAACUUUGCAGAUAGAAGACUGGCGACUGGUCCUUAUCGGAGCCAUGAUUCGUCUUCAUGCAUGUGCAGAGCGCCUUUAUGACUUUUCAACUACAGACCUGAAGGCUUUGACCUUCUUGUUUUUGUCCUUUUGUAAAUAUUGAUUUGUGAUAUCUGAACACCGCAGAGGAAACCCUUUACUUUUACGAGUCCUUUGUUGAUACCGAUUUCAUUCACGAGGACGAACGACAAAUUUCAACGACGGCUUGGUUUUUCCGGAAACUGAAGCAAAACGAAAGGAUAAAAUUUCUUUUUAUUUUUCGACGAAUACAUUAGAGUCUUUUUUGGCCAUGAUAUAUAAUCAAGUGUAUCAACCCUGCGUGUAAGAGAAACUGUGCGUACGUACGAAUGUUUAUGUUUUUUGUUACAAUGUCUGAGGCAGCUCCAGUGACUGUUACCUCCUGUUUGAUAUUUUAUAAUUUUGACUUUUUAUUGUUUUUAUCAUUGGUUUUGAAGUUUGCUUGGAUUUGUUUGUUCCUCAACACUUUGGUUGUAGACACGCAUUUGAGGCAGCGCUGUAAAUACAAAACAAAAAAACCCAAACAAAAAAAAACUCUCCAGGUCCUUCACGCUGGAGGAAACGGGAGCUAAUUUUUUCCCUUUAAUGCUAUUCUAGGCUCUCUUUCCUCAGUCCGCCAAAUCCUGACCUCAGCUAGGGUAAGACUAAGCAUGGUCUCGAGUCGAGAAGUAACAGGCCAAACCUGAUAAGUGCACUGAAAAUGUUGGAAACACUGACAUCUACUGGGACUUGAGAGAACUGCAUGGUUCUCCAGAGCUGUCAACGCUGUGGCACUUCUGCACUCUGUACUAAUGGACAUCAGGGACAGCUGUGAAGUAGGCUCUGGUCCAUGUAGCUGACCUGAGACCUGCUAAAGACUGAACAAUAAGCAUUUGAUGAGCAAAAGGCACUGAUCUCUUAUCAGGAUGUACUGACCUGAGAGGACAUGCUCAUUUCACCUAACAUUAGUUUACAGCCUUGAUAUUUAAAAGAGAACUUCACCCAAAUAUGCUAACAAUGCUAGCUUAAAGCACUUAAAGCCCAAAAAAAGAAAAAAAUUCUAACCUUUAUAUGUUUAAAAUAUUGAACCACCCAUAAACACAGCUUUAGAUAAAAAAAAAGGUUCUUCAGUGGUUGUAUAAAAUACAUUGGAACCCUUUCUGUUUCGUUGUGGGUUCCGACAGUGGGACAACUGAAGAACCCAUGAGGGUCAAAAAACCUCUAAUACCCCUUUUCCACCUUAAAGAACCAGGUGCUGGUUCAAAGUUGGUUCCACUGGAGAACCUUCUGACGUCACUGUAUACGUGAAACGUUACACAGCAACGUUAGCGCAGCAGCGACAAACACAAACACAACAUCAACAAUGGCGGAUGUUGCUUUAGUGUUAAUGUUAAUGCUCAUGGCUUUGUGAACCUACAUUAACACCCAAACUCGGCGAAUCCAACGUGUACAUGCAGCUCCAUGUAUUCUGUAUAAACGGAGGUUGUUAUCGAGAAAGUACAUAGUGUUAUUUUAUCAUUAACACAGAAAAAAGUUAGCCUUAGCAUGUAGCUACCUACUAUCAUGUGUGCUGAUAAUUGAUCAUAUUGCAGUAAAGUAAAUGUGUAUUAAACAUUAGUAUACUGUACUUAAGGUACAUUAUCAAAGGCGCUAAUAGUAGCCCCGCCCACAGCCCCAACACAAGCGGUCACUUUUCCUGGUUCAGAGCCGAUGCUUUGGCUGUCGAAAAAGAAAGAACUGGCUCUAAAUUAGGCUCCGAACCAGCACUCAAACUGCCUCGAUGGAAAAGGGGCAAUAGAACAAGCUUAGAAAAACAGGUUCUAAUUGGAUCUUUUGGAUUCAUAUUUAAUGGUUCCCAAAAGAAGCCUCUUAGAAAAAAAAAAGGUUCCUCAGGUGGUCUUCUGUUAAGUCUUAUUCGCUGUCUAAAAGGGAUCAGUUUCCAUUGCUGAUCAGAACACUGUCUUCUAAUGUUCUUUGUAGAACCUUUGUUGUUCCAACAGAAAAACGUGCUAAAGAUCUCUAAAUUGUUUGAGAUGAAAGAACAGUGUGUAGAACAGGCAUCAUGAUAUCAUCGAAUGAAUGAUCUGGACCAAUCAGAGACAAGCAGGUGUGUCAGCGAGUUCUGUGCGGAAACUCGCUCACACUACAACACGAGAACCCAAACUACCUUGGUUAAUAUUUAUUUUUCAUGUGACACACAAAGACAGUUUGACUAUUACGUGUUAGCAUAUUUUGAGUGAAACAUUUCCUUAACACUGAACUAGCUCCAGAAUGGCUGUAAUGUUACUUUCCUGUCAAAAGCAAUUAUGUUAAGCACAUAACAACCCAGUGCUGAGUAACUUCGCGUAAAAUCUAGACAUCGGACGUUCAACCAACUCUCAGAACUUGUUUUGGCCCCGCCCCCUCAACUCUCUGGAGAGUGACAGAGUUUCGUGUUUUAUAGCUUUAGCACAACACAAACAAUUUACCGUUAAAAAAAAAAAAAAAAAGCUGUAUCUGAAUCUGAUUAUAAAAUGUAAUGCGAUGAUUAUUUAUGGCAUAGGAUUACUUUUGACAGGAAAAUAACUUCAAAUAUCACAUCCUAGAUGCUUGAGGUGGCUUCCGCAUUUCUUUUCUCUAAAAGUUGACCAGUCCAGCCCAACCCCCGACUUUCUUCUCUACAGCGCAUGGUUUCUUCUCUUCCUCCUGAGACGCUCUACGGUCCCGUCACGAGUAGAUCGUCAGUUUAGCGUCUCCUUCUGUAAAAUUAAAGCGAGGUGAUCAGUGUAGUGUCGUAGUGUCGUCCUGUCGCCAUCUUUUCUCCUUGUGGGACACUAAACUUUUACGCUUUUCCUAUGCAAACGAAACGCAAACGAAACAAAUACAAAUAAACCCUACCUGAAAAGCUUCCGCUUGUGCCGGAGCCUCAAAUUCAUACCACAGCAGCCAACAUCACCGUAUUUCUUACUAUCAAACCUUUUUUUUUUCUUAAACUAAACGGGAUUUGUUUAUACCUGAAAAUUCUGACAUGAAGUCAUUGAGGUUUUUUUUUAAACUGUAUGCUGUAUUGUUAUAACCUAUUAAGAUCGAUUGUAAAAAAAAAAAAAAUGGCAUGUGUAUUAAUUCUACACAAGCCUAUUUAUUAUCGUUACACGUGUACAUACGUAUACAUAUAUUCUAUAUAAAAUAUAUCAAUGUUUAGAUACGUCUCAGGCCUGAAGCUGAGGACAGAUGAGUCUGCUUUACUAGACCAGAUCAACCUUUUCAGGUCCUUUGUACAGGUCUUUAUUUUCCUUCUCUGAUGUAGUUUGAAGGUAUAUUUCCGCUCGCCAUAAGCCUUUAUAUAUUACGGAAUUGUACAUAGGCACUGACUAUAGUAGGCUUGGUGAUUAUUUAUGCACUGAACUCUCCUCAUUUCGCAGAAGGCACCAGUCCUCGUAGCGUCGGGGUUUUUACGAAGUUGAAGGAGCUGCGUGGGGUUUGUAGUUUUAAAGGGACUCUGUGCCUGUCAAGCUUAAAAGUGUUCACUAAUAAGUUUGCGAUUAUUUCUUUCAGCUUAAACAUUUCACCAUAUUGACAGUGCCUUUUUUUUUUAAA